CAAACAAAGAAUAGUUGGUAUUGUUGAUGUUUUCAUUUGUAACCUUGUUUUUUUAAUUAAUUGCUAUUAUGAAUCUGAAUACUUGAGUAAUUGGUUUUAAGUUUAAAUAAUGUCCAUGGUCAACAGUUUAACGGUGAAGGAGCCUUUCAAAGACUGCGAUAAUAAAUUGCUCCAGCUUAGUUAUGGCUUUAAAUUAACUAUACCUACUGAAAGUAUGAACUGUACAUCUAAUUGCUCAGGUCAUGGAGAUUGUUAUGAUGGCGUUUGCUUUUGUGAGGUCGAAUAUUCUGGUCAAGCCUGUGACAAUCCAAACUACAGUUAUUACCUAGCCUUGUCAACCAUUUAUUAUUUCAUCUGUGCGACUUCAUUCAUUCAAUUGGUCCUUUGUAUCAACUCAGAGUUCAAAAGAAUAAAGCCUCGGUCAAUUAUCCGAAGCUUUAAAAUAACAACACAGAAAGCUCUAUACUUCUUCAUUUGUGUUGCUACUGCAAUCAGAGGAUUUUAUUUUUCAUCACCAACAAACCCUUCUCUUCGUUGGGCUAAUGGUUUAAUGAAUGCUUAUUAUCCUUUAGUCCUAAGUGGAUCAUCUCUAGUUGUUUGUUUUUGGGCUGAAGUUUUUCAUCUGUACGAUGUUAACGUUUCAAGGCCUAGUUUUUUGAGCAAAUCGUUUUCUGGAUUUGUGCUUUUCAAUAUUGUCUCAUAUUCUCUACUCGUUGCUGAGCUACUACUCUUCCAGUUUUCCGACGAUCAUGAUAUCGAUAAGAGUAUGUUCAUGCGAGUCUUUAACAGCAUCUAUGCAGUUCUCAUGUUGCUGGUAGUUAUAUUUUUCCUCAUUUAUGGCGUUGAAGUAUAUUUCAAAGUUAGAGGAGCAUUCAUUCAGGGAGAAAGUUGCCAGGCUAACUUAUCACAACUUAAACAAUCUCGCUUCGGUUUGAUUUCUCAAGCAACGAUGCUACUCAUAACUGUACUCUUUCUAUUUUCUGAAGUGGCUGAUGAACUUUGGAAAGAAAAAGUCCCAGUUCUCAGCCGAAAUGCGUAUCGAAUAAUCUUCAGACUCAGUGAAAUUGGCAUCGCUCUUUGGUAUCCAUGUGUAUUAUGGAAUUGUGUCAGGCCUGAAAGGCUUUGGGUUCUCAACCCUAGACGUCUUCUCAAAAGAGAUCCCAGUGACUCAUCUUUGCACGAUCCACGUUCCGUUGAGACUGAAUCGGCUUUAUUGGUGGAUAACUCAAUUAAUGCAUGGGGAACAAAAAAUCAAGACAACUUAUCUCGGUCUAUUGACUGUUGGAUUUGCUAUGAUGCUGAUCGUAAAGAUGUCGGUCCUCUUAUUCAACCUUGUGCUUGUAAAGGUGAUGUUUCUGCGGUUCAUCAUGAUUGUCUCAAACAAUGGCUCAUGGAGUCACAUUCAAGUCCAGAAAAUGUACAUUGUAAGGUGUGUAAUGAGCCUUACCUUGUAGAUCGAGGUGAAAUUUGGUUACCAUCGGGUUUGACUAUUAACCAUUGGCUACAAACUGGAGGAACCACCAUUUUAAUGGCGAUAACUAUUGCCGGUGCUUAUAUGAUAGUCAGACUUUAUCAGCACAUAAGUGUAAGAACAAUCUCUGUCGGAUGUGCAAUUCUCAUCGAGUAUGUUUGUUUGAGAUUCCUCGGAUUUAACAUUCUCUCAGCUUACCAAAGAGCUAAAUUUUCAGCAGUCAAAAUAAUUAGUCGAUCCAGUGAAGACUAUGUCUCGGUGAUUAAAGAUUCAAGAUGGAAUCAAAACAACCAAAGCAACAACAAAUUAACCACCGUUAGUCAAUCUAUACCGGUUCCAGAAAUCUGUUCUGAUCUCAAUUGUUCUGAUAAAAAUCGCGAUAUUACAUCGCAAUCAUCAUCAACAAAUUAAAAUUAAUAUCUUCCCACACACCCAUUUUCCCGUCCAAAUUUCUAUUUUAUUCUUCCUCCCUUUACCUAAGAUUAAAAUUGUAUCAUGCACCCAAUAAUUUUACUAUAAACUCAUUUGAUUCAUUAGCCUCUAAGGUGUACAAAAA